UUGGCGGCAUGGAAGUGGUGGGGGGUUUGUGUGUGGCAGUCGCGAUCCUGACAUGGAGUUUGCUCUGGGUUUGGGACUCGGCAGAACGAAGGAAGACUCGGGAGCCGGCAGGCCUCUUGGCAGCCGAAAGCCGGGCCCUCUUGGUGAUCGCACACCCAGACGAUGAAGCUAUGUUCUUUGCUCCCACAGUGAUAGGCUUGACCCGCCUGAAGCACCGAGUGUCCCUACUCUGCUUCUCCGCAGGAAAUUACUACAAUCAAGGAGAGAUAAGAAAGAAAGAACUUUUGCAGAGCUGUGAUGUUUUGGGGAUUCCAUCUUCCCAUGUAAUGAUUAUUGACAACAGGGACUUCCCCGAUGACCCAGGAGUACAGUGGAACACAGAGCGUGUGGCCAGCAUUCUCCUCCAGUAUAUAGCAGUUAAUGGUAUCAACCUGGUUGUGACUUUCGAUGCUGGAGGAGUCAGUGGUCACAGCAAUCACAUUGCUUUGUAUGCUACUGUGAGGGCCCUGCAUUCAGAAGGGAAGUUCCCUAAAGGGUGUUCUGUGCUGACACUUCAGUCUGUGAAUGUGCUGCGCAAGUAUCUCUCCCUCCUUGACCUGCCCUGGUCCCUGCUGAGCACUCACGAUGUUCUCUUCGUGCUCACCAGUGAAGAAGUGGCACAGGCCAAGAGAGCCAUGUCCUGCCACCUCAGCCAGCUCCUCUGGUUCCGCCACCUCUACAUCCUCUUCUCUAGGUACAUGAGAAUCAACUCGCUGCACUUUCUCUGAAGCCUUGAAGAGUUUUCAGAUCUAAGGAACCAAGAGGAGAAAUAGACUAAGAAGCCCAGGAACCUGACCUACAUCUGGCCCAUGGAGAUCUCAGCUAAGCAGCUUCUCAGAAGAGGGCUACAUAGACCCAGCAGUGAACCAACUCAAACUAUCUCUUCUCUGGGGGGUGGGUAAUAAGAAUGGGGAGCAGGAACCCUACAGACCAAAAACAAACCAACCCAAGGAUAAGAAUAGAUACCCUGCUAACUUCAAAUUCUUGUGAAAAAGAAUUUGCAUAAGGAUAAAGUGUUUCCAACACCUAGCACUGAGUUUAGGCAGGCUGCUACUAUGGUAAAUAAAUGGAAAGGUGCCCUAAAAACACUUCACAGACUAGUGGUAGAAUACUAGCCUUGAGGACAAAAGUUCAGGGACAGAACCCAGCCCCAGUUCAAGCCUGACAACCCACCAAAAAUUUAAAAUAAACUUACCAAAAAUUUAAAAUAAAAUAAAAACAGGUCUCAGAGCCUCUCUCCUGAGAGGUCCUCCCUUGCUUCCUCCCUUUUAGGGUGUGACACUGCUCUGAUAGGUCAAGGAGUGGACAUGUGCUGUAGGGAGUCUUGUGAUUGGUUCUCCCAUGCACACAUAUUGUCUUGUGAGCCACACCCCUUUGUUUUAGAUGGUCUAGGAUACCAUCUUUUACCUCACCUGUAUUUCUCUGCCCCAGCUUUCCUAGUAUUUUUGGCAAAGCCAUCUACUCUGUUCAGUCUCAUCACCUCUUUAAUAAAGAUUGUGU